AGGCUUAGAUCUGGUGCCCAGGAAAGAGUUUGAAAUGGUUGAUGCGGACCAGAUCAGCGUUUCUGAUCUCUACAAAAUGCACCUAUCCAGCAGACACAGCGUCCAGCAAAGCACAACCCAGGAUGGUGGAAAACAAAGACAUGGGGAUUCGUGUCGAAUGCCUGUACCGCACCAUCUCUUUGUCAACCUAAAGAGCUUCACAUACAACACCAUCGGCGAGGACACAGACAUCUUCUUCUCUUUGUAUGACCUGAGAGAGGGCAAGCAAAUCAGUGAGAAGUUUAUGGUGAAACUCAACAAAAAUGGCGGCCCAAAGAACCCAGAGAAGGUCGACCGUCUCUGCGCCCUCUUUACGGACUUAAGCAACAAGGACAUGAAGAGAGACCUCUACAUUGUGUCCCAGGUCAUCAGGACGGGGCGGAUGUUGUUAAACGACUCGAAGAAAGGCCCCCCUCACGUCCAGUACCGCCGGCCGUACGGAUGCGCAGUGCUGGCCAUGAGCGACGUCCUUCAGACCAUCUCUGAACUCAAAGAGGAGAAAGACUUUGUGCUCAAAGUUUACACGUGUAAUAAUGAAAACGAGUGGUACCAGAUUCAUGAGAACAUUAUCCGCAAGUCCAGUACCAAAUACACCGCUCCCAGCACUAACUACGGUCUAAUCAUCUCACUGCAGCUGUUGAGGGGCGACAUGGAGCAGGUGCGCAGGGAAAACCCCAUGAUAUUCAACCGCGGUGUGGCCAUCACACGCAAACUUGGCUUCCCUGAUGUGAUCAUGCCAGGCGACAUACGCAAUGACCUCUACCUCAUGCUGGAGAGAGGAGACUUUGAGAGAGGAGGCAAGAGCGUUCAGAAGAACAUCGAGGUCACCAUGUAUGUGCUCUACGCUGACGGCGAGAUCCUCAAAGAGUGCAUUAGUCUGGGCUCAGGAGAACACAACAUUAGCGAGUACCGCUCUUUUGUCCUCUACCACAACAACAGUCCUCGCUGGAGUGAGGUCAUCAAACUGCCCAUCCCCAUCGACCGCUUCCGCGGCUCCCAUCUGCGCUUUGAGUUCAGACACUGCUCAACAAAGGACAAAGGUGAAAAGAAGCUUUUUGGCUUUGCUUUCACUCCACUCAUGAGAGAAGAUGGCACCACACUGUCAGAUGAGAGCCAUGAGCUUUACGUCUACAAGUGUGAUGAAAACACCACCUUCAGUAACCACGCGCUGUACCUGGGGCUGCCCUGCUGUAAAGACGACUUCAACGGCUGUCCCAACAUCCCGUCCAGCCUCAUCUUCCAGCGCAGCACUAAGGAAACCCUCUGGAUAUCCACUCAGCUCUCUUCCACCAAACUUACACAGAAUGUCGAUCUGCUGGCCUUGUUGAAGUGGAAAGCCCAUCCAGAACGUGUAAUGGACAUUUUGGGGCGAUUGCGGCACGUCUGUGGGGAAGAAAUAGUCAAAUUUCUUCAAGACAUCCUCGACACGCUGUUCUCCAUUCUGGAUGACAACACAGACAAAUACGGACCCCUGGUGUUUCAGUCGCUGGUGUUCAUCAUCAAUCUGCUCAGGGACAGUAAGUUUUAUCACUUCCGUCCUGUGAUGGACACGUACAUCCAGAAGCACUUUGCUGGAGCACUGGCUUAUAAAGAGUUGAUUCGCUGUCUGAAGUGGUAUAUGGACCGAUCAGCAGAAGUUGUUCGACAGGAUCACAUCCAGGAUGCCAUGAGGGCUCUAGAGUACCUGUUUAAAUUCAUCGUCCAGUCACGAAUCCUGUACUCCCGGGCCACCUGUGGGAUGGAAGAGGACCAAUUUCGGGCUAGCAUCCAGGAGCUUUUCCAAUCCAUCCGUUUCGUGCUCAGUCUGGACAGCCGCAGCUCUGAGACGCUCAUUUUCACCCAGGCUGCCCUACUCAACUCAUUCCCAGCUAUUUUUGACGAGCUCCUCCAGAUGUUCACAGUACAGGAAGUGGCAGAGUUUGUGAGGGGAACUCUGGGUAGCAUGCCUAGUACGGUCCACAUCGGUCAGUCCAUGGAUGUGGUCAAGCUGCAGUCCAUUGCUCGGACAGUGGAUAGCAGGCUUUUCUCCUUCCCAGAAUCAAGGAGAAUUCUACUUCCUGUUGUUCUCCAUCAUAUUCAUCUGCAUCUGCGCCAACAGAAGGAGCUUCUGAUCUGCUCGGGAAUCCUGAGCAGCAUUUUCUCCAUUAUUAAGAGCAGCUCACUGGAGAGCUCUGUGCAGGAGGAGGUAGAGAUGAUGGUGGAGAGUUUGUUGGAUGUGUUGUUGCAGACGCUGUUGGCCAUCAUGAGUAAAUCUCAGUCUCAGGAGGCGGUAAGAGGGCAGCGCUGUCCACAGUGCACGGCUGAGAUCACUGGGGAGUACGUGUCCUGCUUGUUGUCCCUCCUUCGUCAAAUGUCGGACAUUCAUUUCCAACACCUAAUGGACAACUUCCAAAGCAAAGAGGAGCUGAAGGAGUUCUUGCUGAAGAUUUUCUGUGUGUUCAGAAACCUGAUGAAGCUCAGUAUAUUCCCGCGUGACUGGAACGUCAUGCGACUGCUGACCAGCAAUAUCAUUGUGAGCACAACCCAGUAUCUGUCACCUGCUCUUCAUAAAAGCUUUACGGAUGCUGACUUUGAUUUUAAGGUUUGGAAUUCGUAUUUCAGUCUGGCAGUGUUGUUUAUCAACCAGCCUAGUCUACAGCUGGAGAGUCUGACACCGGCCAAGCGGAAGAAGGUCUUUGACAAGUAUGGUGAUAUGCGGGUCAUGAUGGCUUACGAGCUGUUUAGCAUGUGGCAGAAUUUGGGUGAGAAUAAGAUUCACUUCAUACCAGGAAUGAUUGGCCCAUUUUUGGGUGUGACGCUUGUACCACAAAUUGAAGUCCGAAAUAUAAUGAUCCCCAUCUUCCACGAUAUGAUGGACUGGGAACAGAGAAAGAACGGCAACUUCAAACAGGUGGAGGCAGAACUGAUAGACAAACUGGACAGUCUGGUGUCCGAAGGCAAAGGCGACGAGAAUUACAGAGAACUCUUCAGUUUGCUAACUCAGCUGUUUGGGCCGUACCCCAGUCUGUUGGAGAAGAUUGAGCAGGAGACCUGGAGGGAGACGGGCGUCUCUUUCGUCACAUCUGUCACGCGGCUCAUGGAACGACUGCUAGACUACAGAGAUUGUAUGAAAGGCGAUGAGACAGAAAACAAGAAGAUCGGCUGCACUGUCAACCUGCUGAAUUUCUACAAAUCGGAGAUUAAUAAAGAGGAGAUGUACAUCCGAUACAUUCACAAGCUGUGUGACAUGCACCUGCAGGCUGAAAACUACACAGAGGCGGCGUUCACGCUCCUGCUGUACUGGGAGCUGCUCCACUGGGAGGAAAGACCCCUCCGGGAGUUCCUGCACUAUCCCGCGCAGAGCGAAUGGCAUCGCAAAGAGGGGCUCUGUCGUAAGGUCAUCCACUACUUCAACAAGGGAAAGUGUUGGGAGUAUGGCAUCCCGCUGUGCCGUGAGCUAGCCUUCCAGUACGAGUCCCUGUACGAUUAUCAGAGUCUCAGCUGGAUACGGAAAAUGGAGGCGGCAUAUUAUGACAACAUCAUGGAGCAGCAGCGACUAGAGCCGGAGUUCUUCAGGGUGGGAUUUUAUGGCCGGAAGUUUCCCUUCUUCCUCAGGAAUAAGGAGUUUGUUUGUCGAGGGCAUGACUACGAGAGACUCGAAGCCUUUCAGCAAAGAAUGCUGGGAGAAUUUCCACAAGCGAUCGCCAUGCAGCACCCAAAUCAACCAGAUGAGGGGAUUUUACAGGGGGAUGCCCAGUACCUCCAGAUCUACGCUGUGAAUCCAGUUCCAGAAAACAUGGAUGUGCUGCAGAUGGACCGUGUGCCGGACCGCAUUAAGAGCUUCUACCGAGUCAAUAACGUCCGACGCUUCCGGUACGAUCGGCCCUUCCACAAGGGGUCCAAAGACAAGGAAAAUGAAUUUAAGAGUCUCUGGAUCGAGCGGACCACACUUAUCCUCACCCAUCCUCUGCCCGGCAUCUCCCGCUGGUUUGAGGUGGAUAAGCGCGAGCUGAUUGAGGUUAGUCCGCUGGAGAAUGCCAUAUAUGUGGUGGAGAACAAGAACCAGGAGCUGCGCACCUUGAUCAGUCAGUACCAGCACAAGCAGCUUCACGGAAACAUCAACCUGCUCAGCAUGUGCCUCAACGGGGUGAUCGACGCCGCCGUCAACGGAGGAAUCGCCAGAUACCAGGAAGCAUUCUUCGAUAAAGAGUACAUUAGCAGUCACCCAGAGGAUACGGAGAAGAUCACCCAACUCAAGGAUCUGAUGCAGGAACAGGUUCACAUCCUCGGCAUGGGUCUGGCUGUCCACGAGAAACUGGUGCAUCCCGAAAUGCGUCCCCUGCACAAGAAGCUGAUCGAUCAGUUCCAGAUGAUGAGGAGCAGCCUCUGUCAUUGUUUCUAUGUGGCCCUGCAGGGCCUGCCCGGUCUGGAUAAGUUGAGUCCGGCCUGCUCAGGGUCCAGCACACCACGCGGCAUCCUCGCCACCCACAGUCCCAUGAGUCCUGACAGUAUCAAGCUCAUGCACCGGCACAGCCCUCUGAAUGUGUUGGGCUCUGUCCGCCACUCCUCCUCUUCUCUCUCCUCUCACACCUCCAGUGAGACAGGAAACCUGCUCAUCCUGACAGACAGUAUGAUGGAGCACCCGGAGGACCUCUACCGCAUGCAGCCCAGUCCAUCAUCGUCCAGUUUGAGCUCAACGCAUUCAGCUCCGUCUCAGAUGAUCAACUCAGGGCACAGCAGCAUCAGAGUUGGGUCCCCAUCACUACCUGACAGAUACAGACACAACCGAGAGAUGUUGAUGCUCCUACCACCACACAGGGACCGUCCCAGCAGUGCCAUGUACCCAAACAUGACCGAGAAUGGACAGCCUACUAACCAUCAGAGGGCUCUUUACCAUCAGGUUAUUGGUCCCUGCAAACCCUGCAGUGACCCCAAUCUCUCUGUGGCUGAUAAAGUGUUGACAGCUCCCAGCAGCUGGAGUUUGGACAGUGGCACCAGGGACACUCUGCCUUUCCACUCUGCUCAUGUCGGGAGUGUGAUGGCCCCACCCAUCCCCCCCCGCACCCUUCCUCCCGGACACUUCUCGAUGCACUUUGAUGCUUUCCACCACCAGAUCAACGAACUCCCUCCAGCUCUCCCCGCACGCUCUUUAAGAAAGUCGCCCCUGCACCCUAUACCUGCCUCACCCACCAGUCCACAAUCGGGCCUGGAUGGCAGUAAUUCCACCUUGUCCGGCAGCGCCAGCAGUGGUGUCUCCUCCUUGAGCGAGAGCAACUUCGCCCAGUCCUCCUCCGAGCCUCCGGCUCGAGCCGACACCUUGGACUCGAUGCCGAGCAGCCAGGCCUGGACAACAGACACGGAGGAAGCGGAGAGUCCCUACCUACCUGUGCGCUACAGCGUCUCCGAGCCUGAAGUUCUGGACCCUCUCAAACCCACUCCCUGCCGUAGUCAUUCAGCCCCAUUGGGCGUAACCCCAGGGAUGCCCACCGAUGGGCACCACCAUCAUCACCUCCAUCUUCACCAUCCCCACCCCCAUGCAAUACACAUCACCCAUCCGCACUACCACCACCAUGAGCUUGCACCUGCUCUGCCUCUCAAACCUUACCCGAGGGAAGGGUGUAUCCCUGAGGAAGACCUGAGGCCGGUUCCAAGGCCAAUGCUCCGCAAGAUCUCCCAGCCUUUGCUCACUAACAAGGAGGAGCAGGCCAAGGUGGCCUGGGAACAUGGCAUCAGUGAAGAAUAAAUGAAGAGUAAGGUUAAGCUUUAGUGUGAUAGGUGGUUGGGUUUUGGGAAAAUCCAAAGAACUGUUGGGUUUGAACAUCUACUCUACUUACCAUGUAUCCAGUGUAGGUAUUUUGAAACCUUAUAAGAAGUGCUUGACAUGUUGCUGAGUUUCUACAUGCUUUGUUGUAUGCUUAGUGGUUUUUGAUUGGGAGUUGCCCAGGAACCUUGAGUUCAAACAGCUUGUAGAGCCCAAGCUACUUCCCCUCAUUAGUAUCAGUUUAUUGAUUGGAUAAUAUAGAUAUGGUCCCGAAAGGUAUGAAAACAGACUUUCAGAUGAAACCGAACAUUCAGGUGGUUUUCAGGUGUACAAGAUCCAAGCGUUUCAUGUCCUAAGAGGGAGAUACACCUCUUGUCAAGGUCUACAACUUGUUAACACUUCAUAAUCAUCAUUACAAUAGUUUUGAUUGAUUAACAUCAUACAACUUUAAAAAGAGUGUUGAUAAACCUUUUCAAUAGAUGUUGCUCUGGUUGGGUUGCAUGUUGGCACUUAACCUUGGAGCACUAAAUACCUUCUUUUUUUUUUUGUCCAUAAAAAGUUUUUUUAAAUUUUUUUAUUAUUAUUAUCUAAUAAAAAAAUAUAAGAAAGUGGUCAAAAGUGGAUCUGUGGUUCCGUAAAUAGUGGCUAAAAUUUAAAUUAAGUUCACUUUCAUCUUGGUAGCCCACAUAAGGGUGGAUUUCAGACUUAAUUGACAGAAUUCUAAUUUCUUCUGACAAGAUACUUCCCAGUCCAAUGCAAAAGCCUCAGAUGUGGUUUUAAUAACACAGCAGUUGAUAUAACAUACUAACACUUCAUUACCAACCUAAAAACACUUAACAGAGCGUCUGCUACUUCCUGCAUGGUUGCAGGAAGCUUCUCCUCAGAGAGAAUCUGCACUGAUGUGACAGUAAGAGGCUUUUACAAUCUUCUUAAAGCCUCAUUACACCCACAAUAUUGCCGUGCUGCGAAAGCAAAUCAACCACUCUCAACGCUACUACCCCGUUACGCUAAUAACACAACAACCAAAGCACUGUUAAAUCAAAGCCAUUUCACAGAUGUCUCCUCACAGUAAAGCGGCUUUCAGUCUCAGUAGGUUCCUUUUGGGAAUUGAUUUCCGUUCCUCUGAGUUGACAUUUUCAUAAAGAAGUAUAUUUUUAGAUAGAGCUGUUAUAAGAUUCCAAGACUUUAAUAUAAUUGUAAAGUAUAAAAAAAUACAAAAAGAUAGUUAGAAUAAAUAUACCUUAGAUGAUAUAAUAUACUAUAUUGCUAUUAAAGAUUAUAUCACACAUUUCUAAAGAUAGAAUCAAGGCAAGAUUCAUGAGUGUGUUUUAUGUUGUGAGCUGAGUGAAGUCUUUAUGCUGCCGAUAGAUACAAAUUCGGUACCUGAUGUUCUUUGCAUAUUAACUUCUGACGACUUGAACGUUAUUUAAAAGCAAAUUUUUAUGUACAGUGUGCAUGUUCUCUUCAAUGACGGUGAUAAUAUUACACUACAUCACUUGAAGGGAGGGUCUGGUAGAGAUAUUGCUUGUACUGUAUAUUUACACAUCCUCAUCUACAGCUCCAUUAACUAGCAUUUCAUGUCAUGUGAAACUGUUAAUUGUAUCUGCUUUAAGGAAAACACUGCAUAUUGAGUCUGGAGUAAACUUAAGUGGCAGGAAAAACUUAAGUCUGCUGGCCCGUUUUCCAAAAGAAAGCUAGAAAAAUGCAUCCAAGAAAGCGACAAAUGGUAAAAUCUAUUUUUAACGUUAUUUUUUUCUGCACUGUUAGACCUACACAAAUUGAUGUGGUUUAAUUUGGUUUUACAUCACUUAAUUACAAAAAUACGUUAUGGGUUUGAAAAGUUAUUUUUAUUUAUGAAAAGUCCUGGCUUACAAACACGAAAGCAUAUAAUUAAAAGGUUAGUUCACCCAAAUAUUAAAAUGAUGUCAUUAAUGACUCACCCUCAUGUCGUUCCAAAGAUGAACGGAGGUCUCACGGGCUUGGAACGACAUGAGCGUCAUAAUUUUAAUAUUUGGGUGAACUAACCCUUUAAGGCUGCUCGUAGUAUGAAAUGUACUUCAACACCAAUACUUCAAGAAUAUCAAAGGCAAAAGGCAAGUUUAACGCAAACUCAACACCGUUUUUGUGAUAUGAAAACUGUACUGUUCAUUGCAGUAUAUGUACAGAGAGAAAUGCAUGUUAUCUUAAUGGCUGAUAUGACUGAUAGUUCAUCACUAAAGGCCUUUUUAUGGCCAGGGAAAGCCGUGCGAAUGUUUUGAUAGAGGAUCUUCUUUAGAUAGACUCUCUAAUUCAUAACAUUACAUCUGUUUUCCUUCAGUCAGACAUACACUGCAAAUGUAUCUCCAUUCUGUCUAUUCAUAUGUAUGCACUUAUUCCUAAAGUAAAAUUUAGGUAACCGGUGAUAAUCUAUGUAUUUGUAGAUUAUGAUGUUUUAUUAUUGGUUUUUGUUUACUUAAUUAUAGACAUAUAAUGAUGAAGUAAGAGUGUUAUGUCUCCAAAGACAUAUAGAAAUGGUUUGACUGAUAAGUUAUUAAUAAUUAUUUAUAUUAACCAUAAUGUGUUAAGGUUAAUAAAUCACUUUAUACACAUUAAAUAUUGAAUGAUCAGGGAAGGAACUGGAAUCUAUGCAAAGAUCGAGUGUUAUAAGAGAGAGUGUAUCUGUGACAGCCCAUUCUGUGAAUAUUAGCACUGAUUAACUAAAAAGCAUUACUAUUUAUUGUUUUGAGCAUUUCUUAUUAAGGCUUUCUAGACAUUUUGCAUGUAAAUACAGACUGACGGAUACUGUGCGUCCUGUAUUUAUUCCCCAUUCUAAUUUUGCUUGCAUAUUCAAGCAGGAAAAGAAGUUUAAAACGUAUUAUAAUCACAAUUCAUCAAAUUAAGGUUGCUCAUUUGGCACAAACAACCAUGUAAAAAAAAAAGAGUGUACAUAUUUUACAUGUUUGAUAUCUCUGUGGAGGCAAACCUACAGUUUUGGAUUCAGUUUCAGAUUGAGGGUGACAUUUUAUUUUUGACAUGAUGCCCUGAUCAGCAUCUAUAAUUCAAGACCUUCUGUUCAUCUAAACAGUGAUUAAUGUGAAUUGCUAAUUACAAAUUGGGUUUGUUUUCCUGUAUUUUGCUGAAAGGAUUGAUUGCAAAGUCUCUGUACAUAUGAGUAAAGAUACUAAACGCUCUGGUCUGCAUUACAGUUCGUACCACACAUUAUGUUUGGCUUUAUUUCGUGUAUAUAAUCCUUCAAAAGCUUUGUAUUUAUAUGGUCAAGAGGGACAAAUCAUGUAUAGACUGAAAUUAAUUGUCUGCCUUGUACUUUCUGAUGUAAAUGUGUUUUUAAAAUUAAACUGCGAACAUGGAAAAAAAAAAAAAAAAAUCUUUCAAUGGCCUAAUCACUACAGUUAUUUUGUGUAUUUUGCAUUGAAAUCUGAAGAGCGUUUGGUUUUACCAUGCAGAACUACGAAAACCUUUGUACAAGUAUUCUCAAAGUAUUUUUUCUGUAUAUAUUGUGCUAGCAUGAAUAAAUGUGGUGUGGAUUUUAGAUGUAAAUACACAUUUUUUUCCUACUCACUUAACCGCUGUGACGUGUAAUUCAUUAAUAAUGCCUAAUAUUAAAGAUAAUGUUUUAUCGACUGA